GGACUGCAUGGUGUGCGGGGACAAGUCCAGCGGGAAGCACUACGGGCAGUUCACGUGCGAGGGCUGCAAGAGCUUCUUCAAGCGCUCGGUGCGGCGCAACCUGAGCUACACGUGCCGCAGCAACCGCGACUGCCCCGUGGACCAGCACCACCGCAACCAGUGCCAGUACUGCCGCCUCAAGAAGUGCCUCAAGCCGUACAGCGGGGCCGCAUGGCUCAUACACAAAACAGCCCUGGCCAGUACCCGCUGAACAACGGGGACCCCUACAAUGGCCACUCCUACCUGACGGGCUUCAUCUCCCUGCUGCUGCGGGCUGAGCCCUACCCCACCUCCCGCUACGGCGCCCAGUGCCUGCAGCCCAACAACAUCAUGGGCAUUGAGAACAUCUGUGAGCUGGCUGCCCGCCUCCUCUUCAGCGCCAUCGAGUGGGCCAAGAACAUCCCCUUCUUCCCCGACUUCCAGCUCGCCGACCAGGUGUCCCUGCUGCGCAUGACCUGGAGCGAGCUUUUCGUCCUCAACGCCGCCCAGUGCUCCAUGCCCCUCCAUGUGGCCCCGCUCCUGGCAGCCGCCGGCCUCCAUGCCUCACCCAUGUCGGCCGACCGGGUGGUGGCCUUCAUGGACCACAUCCGGGUCUUCCAGGAGCAGGUGGAGAAGCUCAAGGCCCUGCACGUCGACUCUGCCGAGUACUCCUGCCUAAAGGCCAUUGCCCUCUUCACGCCAGACGCCAUGGGGCUGUCAGACCUGGGCCACGUGGAGAGCGUCCAGGAGAAGUCGCAGUGCGCGCUGGAGGAGUACGUCCGCAUCCAGUACCCGAGCCAGCCCAGCCGCUUCGGCCGCCUGCUGCUGCGCCUGCCCUCCCUGCGCAUCGUCUCGGCUCCUGUCAUCGAGCAGCUCUUCUUUGUCCGCCUCGUGGGCAAGACCCCCAUCGAGACCCUCAUCCGGGACAUGCUGCUCUCCGGCUCCAGCUUCAACUGGCCGUACAUCCCCAUGCAGUGAGGGGGAGCCCCGGCCCCUUCUUGAUACCCGUUCCCUCCGGCCUGGGGCAGGAGGGGACACAGUGAUGCCCUGGCCGGCGGUUGGAGGACUCACAGCCGGACAGUGCCUGGGGCACGGCCUCCGGGGAGCAGAACUGAUGCUGGAGAGGAGGGGUGCUGAGUCUUAAAGGACCCCCCUGUCUGGCUCCAAGGGGCUGGCAUAACCCCCUCGGCCUGCCCAGGUCCCCGUUGCGUGGAAACCCUGCCGCCGCCUGCAUCCUUCGCUUCUGUUUGCUCUGUGUGCCCAAGCAUCUGUUCCCCUCUCCCCCUCCCCAUGCAGCCGCCGCAUCCGACACCCCCUUCUCCGUGCAGCUGAGACCCCCGCGGGGAGUGGGCACCAGCUCCAGCUCCUCCAUCCCCCGUCUCUCUCGCCAACUGCAUGGUUGGCAGCUGAGAACAGAGAACUCGUUACCCGAGUGGCCUUGAUCAUGGGACAAAGUUGAUUUUUUUUGUUUGUUUGUUUGGUUUUGGGGUGUCCAUCAAAAAAAGGGGGAGGGUCUGGACUGGAGAGAAGAGACUCCCCCCUCAAUAAACCAGUCGUUGCCUGUGGGGGGGUUGGGGGGGAGAGGGGGCUGGGAUGGACACGGCCCCGGGAGCGUGGACUAUUUAUAAAAUAAAAUAAACCUCUAUUCUAUGCGACUUCUGUUGAAAUGAAUGUGUAUAUCCCUCCCCCCCCCGCACCCUCUUUUUUAAGGCCCUCCCUUAUUGUUUGUGAAGAGCCGUGGCUGUGACUCGUGGAUUUUGCAGGGGGAAACAAAGCCCCCUCUGCCCCCCCUCGUUGGCGUUAUCAUUAAAAUGACGAUUGUUGAACUGG